AUGUCACGCGCGACGCCGCGGCCGUUUCUUCGGACACCGCUGCGGGUGAAGAACACAUAUGAGCAUACGGAUCCAGAUGCGUCUGAGAAGCAUGAGCAUGUGUUUGGCACGCCGCCGCAGAAACGAGCGGUCCCUGCUGAUGAAGUGCACGUUCGGAAUGUGCCGGCGUACGCGAGCGGAAAGCAGAGCAGGGUGCUGUACAAGCAGGAUGCGACGUAUGGACGCGCUGCAAAUCCUGACGAGACGCGCGUUGCGAUCCCAUCAACCACCAAGCGGAUUGAUCAUGCGACGCGUAUGAGCCGCGAGGAAAGGUACCAGCGCGACAGCCAAAAAGCGCAAACGCAGCAGCAAUGGCGCACCGCAUUCUCGCGUGCAUUUCCAAAGCUUGUCUUCUAUCUGGACCAAAUCGAGGAGGGGCAGAAAAAAGUGCUUUGUGCGCAAAUCACACAGCUGGGCGGCGUCGUGGAAGAUUUCUUUUCGCGCAGUGUAACACACGUCGUAACGACGCGGCCCAUCCCAGCUGCGCGCAGCGUGGAGCGCAAGAAGGAGAAUGAUCCCGCCGCGGCGCGCACGCCAACAACAAAUGCCGGAGUCGUGCCGACGCGCGUCUUGACGCCGUCCAAACAUGUGCACAGCGCAGUGCCUCUACAUUCGGACCGCAACCCCCUCGACGAGAGCGGCCUGUUGCUUCCUGCAAGCGACUUGCUGUCCAAGGCACAGCACUUUGGCAUGAGAAUUUGGCGGCAGGACAAACUCGAAAACAUCCUUUCCCUACUGCUCGAGGCGCCGGCAGGCGAAGAAGAAAUUCCGCGCGACCUCUCUCAGAUGCUGCACCAGGAAAAGCUACACGGGACAACCGAGCGCGAUCCACUGGCCCUGCGCAACGAUUUUCACUACUUUGGCAAGAAUGCAUACUAUGUACUGGUCACCGACGCGACGAGCGAGCAUCGGCCCGUGGCGAUGGCCGAGUACGACUGCAUGGCACACGAAGCAACGCACAAACCUGCGCCGUGGCCCGUCUUGUUUGGCAGCACCGAAGGGCGCGGGCUCUUUGCCUACGUUAAGCCGAAGGAACGGGGGCGCUUGGCGCGCAACGAAGCGCCGAUGCUGCGCACAACGCAUACCUUGCGGCGCGCCGCAUCGCUGAAUUCAGCGCAGAUGUGCCGAGAUCCUCGCGAGUCGUCUGUUGGGCCUGGCACGCCGAAUCUCAUGGCGUCGGACAAUAGCAUUGCGCUCGCAUCCGCCGUUGCCUCCACCACGUCCGCCACACUGCACAGCCAAACGGGAAAUCCCAGCGGUGUGCUGCAGGACAAGCGCGUGGCGGAACUGAACCGCCGCAUGCAUACACCGCUCGGCCUUCGCGCGCCUGGAACAGAGACACAAGGCGCUGUGGUGAGCCGCAUGCUUACGCUGGACCGCGAAGAACGAGCGCCGCUUAGACGCUCGCGCAGCACCAACACGCCGCUCGCACUUCCCAAACGCCCCCGCGAGAAGCGCCCUGGCCACUGCGAGAACUGCCGGUGCCGCUACGAGGAUUUCGAUGAGCACUUGCGCAGUAGACGCCACAGAAAGUACGCGUUGGACGAGGGAAACUUUGUCGCGCUGGACGAGCUGCUGCAGCGCAUCCAGCGCACGCCGAGCGAGGCGUGGGAGGGACGCCAAGCGAUGCUCGACGAGUCGGCUUGGCAUGCAGCGCAGCACGCGUCUUUUUCCGACGCAGCGUCCUCGAGCACCUAUGAUCCGUUUGCAACGCUUGCGCACUACCUUCCAGAGAGCCACUGCGCUUUGCAAUCAUACCACAGCGAUACCCAGCCGUAG